AUGGGGUCAGUGGCACUGUCCUAUGGGGUCGGUGGCACUGUCCUAUGGGGUCGGUGGCACUGUCCUAAGGGUCAGUGGCACUGUCCCAUGGGGUCAGUGGCACUGUCCUAUGGGGUCAGUGGCACUGUCCUCUGGGGUCAGUGGCACUGUCCUAUGGGGGUCAGUGGCACUGUCCUAUGGGGUCGGUGGCACUGUCCUAUGGGGUCAGUGGCACUGUCCUGGCGGGGGUCGGUGGUACUGUCCCAUGGGGUCAGUGGCACUGUCCUAUGGGGUCGGUGGCACUGUCCUAUGGGGUCAGUGGCACUGUCCCUUGUCGUCGUGGCACUGUCCUAUGGGGUCAGUGGCACGGUCCUAUGGGGUCAGUGGCACUGUCCUAAGGGGUCGGUGGCACUGUCCUAUGGGUUGGUGGCACUGUCCUAUGGGGUCAGUGGCACUGUCCAUGGGGUCAGUGGCACUGUCCUAUGGGGUCGGUGGCACUGUCCUAUGGGGUCGGUGGCACUGUCCUUGUUGUCAGUGGCACUGUCCUAUGGGGUCAGUGGCACUGUCCUAUGGGGUCGGUGGCACUGUCCUUGUCGUCAGUGGCACUGUCCUAUGGGGUCAGUGGCACUGUCCAUAGGGUCAGUGGCACUGUCCUAUGGGGUCGGUGGCACUGUCCCGGGGUCGGUGGCACUGUCCUAUGGGGUCAGUGGCACUGUCCUAUGGGGUCGUGGCACUGUCCUAUGUAAGGUGGCACUGUCCUAUGGGGUCGGUGGCACUGUCCUAUGGGGUCGGUGGCACUGUCCUAUGGGGUCAGUGGCACUGUCCUAUGGGGUCGGUGGCACUGUCCUAUGGGGUCGGUGGCACUGUCCUAUGGGGUCAGUGGCACCUGUCUUAUGGGGUCGGUGGCACUGUCCCAUGGGGGUGUGGCACUGUCCUAUGAGGGUCAGUGGCACUGUCCUAUGGGGUCGGUGGCACUGUCCCAUGGGGUCAGUGGCACUGUCCUAUGGGGUCGGUGGCACUGUCCCAUGGGUCAUGGCACUGUCCUAUGGGUCAGUGGCACUGUCCUAUGGGGUCAGUGGCACUGUCCUAUGGGGUCGGUGGCACUGUCCCAUGGGGUCGGUGGCGCUGUCCCAUGGGGUCAGUGGCACUGUCCUAUGGGGUCGGUGGCACUGUCCUAUGGGGUCAGUGGCACUGUCCUAUGGGGUCGGUGGCACUGUCCCUAUGGGGUCGGUGGCACUGUCCUAUGGGGUCGGUGGCACUGUCCUAUGGGGUCGGUGGCACUGUCCUAUGGGGUCGGUGGCACUGUCCAUGGGGUCGGUGGCACUGUCCUAUGGGGUCGGUGGCACUGUCCCAUGGGGUCGGUGGCACUGUCCUAUGGGGUCGGUGCACUGUCCCAUGGGGUCGGUGGCACUGUCCUAUGGGGUCGGUGGCACUGUCCCAGGGGGUCGGUGGCACUGUCCUAUGGGGUCGGUGGCACUGUCCUAUGGGGUCGGUGGCACUGUCCUGUCGUCGGUGGCACUGUCCUAUGGGUCGGUAGUACUGUCCCAUGGGGUCGGUGGCACUGUCCUAUGGGGUCGGUGGCACUGUCCUAUGGGGGUCGGUGGCACUGUCCUAUGGGGUCGGUGGCACUGUCCUAUGGGGUCAGUGGCACUGUCCUAUGGGGUCGGUAGCACUGUCCUAUGGGGUCGGUGGCACUGUCCUAUGGGGUCGGUGGCACUGUCCUAUGGGGUCAGUGGCACUGUCCUAUGGGGUCAGUGGCACUGUCCUAUGGGGUCGUGGCACUGUCCAUGGGGGUCGGUGGCACUGUCCCAUGGGGUCGGUGGCACUGUCCAUAAGCGGCACCGUCCUAUGGGGUCGGUGGCACUGUCCUCUGGGGUCGGUGGCACUGUCCUAUGGGGUCGGUGGCACUGUCCUUGUCGUCAGUGGCACUGUCCUAUGGGGUCGGUGGCAUCCUAUGGGGUCAGUGCACUGUCCUAUGGGGUCAGUGGCACUGUCCUAUGGGGUCAGUGGCACUGUCCUAUGGGGUCAGUGGCACUGUCCUAUGGGGUCGGUGGCACUGUCCUAUGGGGUCAGUGGCACUGUCCUAUGGGGUCGGUGGCACUGUCCCAUGGGGUCAGUGGCACUGUCCUAGGGGUCGGUGGCACUGUCCUAUGGGGUCGGUGGCACUCGUCCUAUGGGGUCAGUGGCACUGUCCCAUGGGGUCAGUGGCACUGUCCCAUGGGGUCGGUGGCACUGUCCUGCGGGGGUCAGUGA